UCAUAAAAGGAGGCCCAUACAGUUACUUCUGCAUUUUAAGCUUCAAACGGUGACAGCUGUACAUCAUGAUGAGAAGUGUGCUCAUCUUCGGGGUUUUGGCUGUGUCUUUCGUAUCAUGUGAAGGUGAAGAAGCCUACUUGGCAUCCUAUCAGGGAUGGGACUACUACAAAGUACGUGCUUCAGGGACGAUGACGUCAGCUAACAUCAAGAUCACGUGUGAAGCGGCUGGGUACGUCAUGCCCUGUCCUCAAGAACCAACGUGUCAGUAUACGCCCUCUACCUGUACAGACACAGGCCUAGUGGGUAUAAGAUGCGGUGGCCACCUAAUGGACGAAAUCUCCCAGGUUCUAAGUGGACAGAAUCCGAUCUAUUGCCCUGCAAUGGAGGGCAUAUUUACAUGCUUCCAUUCCAGUUCGUACGCAGGUGACGCUAUCGGUGUCCAGCCAAUCACCAGCCCAGGUAAUUGGUUCGAAGGCGCAGACUACAGCAACCAGUUCGCCUUCUGUGCAAAGGUUCUGAACGCUGACAAGUGCUUCCAACUGUCAGAGGAGCCCAAAGCCCACCAGGCUGCCGAGGGACAGUGUGUUACUCUGGGUGGAACUCUGGCCGGAGUGAAGACCGUGGCUGAACAGGAGUUCCUGGCUGACCAGGUCCGGCUGGGGACGGACGUGUCCCACUGGGUCGGUCUCAAAAACGGACAGGAACACUUCUUAUACACCGACCUAUCCACCAUGAGCUCUAACCUACGCUGGAUGUCCGGAAAGCCUGAACACCUGUGUGCGCUGCUGGAUAAGAACGGGAACUAUGACCUGAACGCGGACUUCUGUACGGAACAGUACAACUACGUCUGCGAGUCAGAUGUCGUCACCUGCAAGCAAAACGUCUGUCUGAACGGAGGAAACUGUACCUCCUGCUUCAACGAGACUUACGCCUACUGCGACUGCGCACCAGGGUUUGUGGGGAACCGCUGUGAGAUCAGUUACGGGCGUGCAGACGCAGACCUGUACCGCUGUGAGAGUUUCUCCUGUCCGUACGGCUGGUCCUGUCAGGACAGGGGACAGCUCUCCUUCAUGUGUGGCGCACAUGUCUAGAGUCCUACACGGACCUCGCAUGGAGAAAUGAGAACUUCAGAAGAGUCGCCUCCAAUGGCCGCACCGAACUCUUCCUUUAGUAUCUCUUCUGCCUAAUACUGCGCUGUUGGUACGGCACGUAGAUAUAGCGGAUGAUAAUAAAAGGCUUAAACCCAAUUUUUAUUUCAUUUGUAAUGUUUGUGCUUCGGUGAUUCCUGUGUUGUUACUUACAGACAUGUUAGCCUUGAGCCACCGU